GACGGGGUACGACGCGGUACGACUCGCGCGGGGACGGCUCCCGAACCUCGGGUCGGGGCGGCGGCGGCGGCGGCGCCUGGGCUCCCCCGCCUCAGCCGCCUGGGCCGCGCCCCCCUCGUCCCCGCCCCGCGGGCGGGCGCAGAAUCCUAGGACCCCUUUCGUCGUUUGAUGGGAGGCAUUAUGGCCCCCAAAGACAUCAUGACAAACACGCAUGCCAAGUCCAUCCUCAAUUCGAUGAACUCGCUCAGGAAGAGCAACACCCUGUGCGACGUGACUCUGCGCGUGGAGCAGAAGGACUUCCCCGCCCACCGCAUCGUGCUGGCGGCCUGCAGCGACUACUUCUGCGCCAUGUUCACCAGCGAGCUCUCGGAGAAGGGGAAGCCGCACGUGGACAUCCAGGGUCUGACCGCCUCCACCAUGGAGAUCCUGCUGGACUUCGUGUACACGGAGACGGUGCACGUGACAGUGGAGAACGUGCAGGAGCUGCUGCCUGCAGCCUGUCUGCUGCAGCUGAAAGGCGUGAAGCAGGCCUGCUGUGAGUUCCUGGAGAGCCAGCUGGACCCGUCCAACUGCCUGGGCAUCAGGGACUUCGCCGAGACCCACAGCUGCGUGGACCUGAUGCAGGCGGCCGAGGUGUUCAGCCAGAAGCAUUUCCCGGAGGUGGUGCAGCACGAGGAGUUCAUCCUCCUCGGUCAGGGGGAGGUGGAGAAGCUGAUCAAGUGCGACGAGAUCCAGGUGGACUCGGAGGAGCCGGUCUUCGAGGCCGUCGUCAGCUGGGUGAAGCACAACAGGAAGGCGCGCGAAGAGGCCCUGCCCGAGCUGCUGCAGUAUGUCCGGAUGCCCCUGCUGACGCCCCGGUACAUCACCGACGUCAUAGACGCCGAGCCUUUCAUCCGCUGCAGCCUCCAGUGCAGGGACCUCGUGGACGAGGCGAAGAAGUUCCAUCUGAGGCCGGAGCUGCGAAGUCAAAUGCAGGGACCCAGGACCAGGGCUCGUCUAGGGGCCAACGAAGUGCUUCUGGUGGUUGGGGGCUUCGGAAGCCAGCAGUCCCCCAUCGACGUGGUGGAAAAAUACGACCCCAAAACGCAGGAGUGGAGCUUCUUGCCGAGCAUCACUCGGAAGAGACGUUAUGUGGCCUCCGUGUCCUUGCAUGACCGGAUCUAUGUCAUUGGUGGCUACGACGGCCGUUCCCGCCUCAGUUCAGUGGAGUGUCUAGACUACACAGCAGAUGAGGAUGGGGUCUGGUACUCCGUCGCCCCGAUGAACGUCCGGCGAGGCCUGGCUGGUGCCACCACCCUGGGAGAUAUGAUCUAUGUCUCUGGAGGCUUUGACGGGAGUAGGCGUCACACCAGUAUGGAGCGCUACGACCCCAACAUUGACCAGUGGAGCAUGCUGGGAGAUAUGCAGACAGCCCGGGAGGGCGCCGGGCUGGUGGUGGCUGGCGGCGUCAUCUACUGUCUAGGAGGCUACGAUGGCUUGAAUAUCUUAAAUUCAGUCGAGAAAUACGACCCCCAUACAGGACACUGGACUAGCGUGACACCGAUGGCCACCAAGCGCUCUGGUGCGGGAGUAGCCCUGCUGAACGACCACAUCUAUGUGGCGGGGGGAUUCGACGGCACAGCCCACCUGUCUUCCGUUGAAGCGUACAACAUCCGCACCGACUCCUGGGCGGCUGUCACCUGCAUGACCACCCCACGGUGCUACGUGGGGGCCACGGUGCUUCGGGGCAGGCUUUAUGCGAUUGCAGGCUACGAUGGGAACUCCCUGCUGAGCAGCAUCGAGUGCUAUGACCCCGUCAUCGACAGCUGGGAGGUAGUGACGUCCAUGGGGACCCAGCGCUGUGACGCUGGCGUGUGUGUGCUCCGAGAAAAGUGACCCUUGCUGGACACCACACACAGCGAGUGACCAGCCCGGGGGCCAGCUGGCGGGAGAAUCAAGAUCAUUUCCGGAACGUCCGCUUCCCGCUGUACUCAGGGCGAUUACAAGGGCCGGUGUCCUGAUGCUGGUCCUUAUUUGACACACGGCCCCUCACACUGGAACUUGUCCCUGAGUCGGGUGGGGAACGGACGCUCAUGGGAAGAGACGCGUCGAGCUGGGUGUGAGAGGCCAGGCCCCUCUCCUGGUCUAGGCAGCACUUCCUGGGGGUUUUCUAGUUUACCAUGUGCUUAGGAGGAUAUACAUGUGCCUCGUGUGUGGCUAAGCAUGCAGGUGAGUGUGACCGCCUAGAUGGGGCAGUAUCGGGCCCAUGUCGGGUUAGAAGGACACCAGCUUGAGGCAGCUUGAUAAAAUCCAAACCUUGUUUUCCAGGAAAAAAGACCUUUCCUAGUCUGCAGGCAGCCAGGGGCAGCAUAGUUUCCUCUGGAGGGAAGCACAGGGAGGAGCCCUGUCUCAGCCUCGGCACGUGGGUGACUGCGUGACGCUCCUGUGUGGGGCAGGGCUGCGUGUAGGGGCAGGGCUGAGAGGAAGGGGCGUGGAGUGGCACCGUGGGUCUCGAACUCAGUUCCUUCUGGAAGGCUGUUUGAGAAGCCGUUUGUUAGAAAACUGACUCAUACAGGUGACCGGCCAUACAGGUAGCAUGAAAUGGUUUUCAGGCUGAGAACCAGUUUUGCUCAGCAACUGAGAUGUUUUCCUGAACAGCUUGGUCAGGAACCCAACUAUUUGGGGUAGGAGGCGUCCGAGCGCCGGGGUUUGGCCAUGACCUGAAUUUGGUGACGUGUGAGCGUCCCCUGGAAGGCGGAGGAGGGCGGUUUUCAGAAGGGCCUUCUGAUUCCCCACGUCGCUCUGGACUGCGGUGUGGCCUCUCGUGGCACUGGAGCCUGUGCGCGAGAGAACAGCGGGUGCCGGGCGGGCGGAGUCGGAGUCCGUGGGACGGAGGAGGACCUGUGGUCUCGUGGUCGCCGCGCUCCCUGCCAGGGCCCGUGUCUCCCCUGCGGGUUCACCGCCAGUGGGUGGGAGACCUCCCUUGUUGAAGCAGAUGCGGUGCUGCUGUUAACGUGUCCGUCCUAUUUAUUUGGGGGAGGGGGAGGGGUGCAGCCGCUGGAAGUUCAGCGACCUGGUAUUGCCCUGUCCUUUUUAGGGUGCACUUCUGCUAAGGGUGGUUUUUACUGCUGUUUGGUACAUUUCAUCCUUUUCCUACUAUAGGGGUCCCUUACCUGGGUCCUUAGAGUGAAUUUCGUCCGUCCCAGGACAGAGUAUCAAAGGGCAACCCAGCCAGUCCCGUGCCUGCUCGCGGCACUUCUGAGCCGCCACUCACGGCUCCCCCGUGUCACGGAGGGAGACGCGUCCUGUGCGGGUGCUGGGGGUUGGGGACGUGAGAAGCGAAACAACAAGGCACUUUCCCUUUACUUUGAAAUUCCAUUUUUUUCCUCCCU